GUCCAGGCUCAAUGAGUCACCUCAUGGAGUUGGACAUUCUCUCAUGCCUCCAAUCAUCUCCCUUGGCUCUGCUUCUCCCUUGGCUCUGCUUCUCCCUUGCUCUGCUUCUCCCUUGGCUCUGCUUCUCCCUUGGCUCUGCUUCUCCCUUGGCUCUGCUUCUCCCUUGGCUCUGCUUCUCCCUUGGCUCUGCUUCUCCCUUGGCUCUGCUUCUCCCUUGGCUCUGCUUCUCCCUUGGCUCUGCUUCUCCCUUGGCUCUGCUUCUCCCUUGGCUCUGCUUCACCCCCUCUGCUUCACCCCCUCUCCUUCCCCGCUUAUCGCACCCACCAGUGGCGGGUACAACCUGAAGGCGGGGCCGGGGUCAAUGAUUCACCUCAUGAAGUUUGACAUGGGCGGCGCUGCUGCUGUGCUGGGCGCUGCCAAGGCCAUCGCUGCCAUCCAGCCCCAGGGCGUGCAGGUGCAUUUCAUCAUAGCAGCGUGUGAGAACAUGGUCAGCGGGGGCGGCAUGAAGCCGGGCGACAUCAUCACUGCUUCCAACGGCAAAACCAUUGAGCACAACCGCCCUAUCCCUUCCUCCCCUUCUCUGUCCCUUCCUCCUCUUCUCCAUCCCUUCCUCCCCUUCCCCGUCCCUUCCUCCUCUUCCCCAACCCUUCCUCCCCUUCUCCGCACCUUUCUCCUGUUCCUCUCCCUCCCCUUCCUCGCCCCUUCCCUCCUCCACGUGCCCAUCCCCUCACAGGUGAACAACACGGACGCGGAGGGGCGGCUGACACUGGCGGAUGCGCUGCUGUAUGCGCAGGCAGCAGGGCGUGGAGAAGAUUGUCUGUUCACCCCGAGCGAUGAGCUGUCAGCAGAACUGGAAGCUUCCUCCAAGGCGUGUGGCGACAAGGUGUGGCGCAUGCCCAUGGAGGAGGCGUACUGGGAGGGCAUGCGCAGCAAGCAUGCCGACAUGCUCAACACCGGCGGCCGCGAGGGCGGCUCCAUCACUGCAGCACUCUUCCCUCAAGCAGUUUGUGGUGGAGGGGUUGCCAUGGGCGCAUUUGGACAUUGCAGGGCCGGUGUGGAGUGA